CUCCGAUUAGUUUCUCAUCUCUGAGACCUGCUGCUGCUGAUGAUGGACGCUCGGGUCUUCGCUCUGCACGUCCUGAUGCUCUGCAGCCUCAUGCACGGCUCUCUGCAGGGUGUGUAUCAGCGGCGUCUCUACAAGGAGCUGAUGAAGAACUAUAAUCCAUUAGAGCGACCGGUCAGCAAUGACUCGCACAGCCUCACUGUCCAUUUCAGCUUCAGCCUGCUGCAGAUCAUGGAUGUGGAUGAGAAGAACCAGGUGCUGACCACCAACAUCUGGCUGCAGCUGUACUGGACAGAUUUCUACCUGCAGUGGAACAUGUCUGACUAUCCAGGUGUGACCAACGUCAGGUUCCCCGACAGCCAGAUCUGGAGGCCCGACAUCCUGCUGUACAACAGCGCUGAUGAAAGGUUCGAUGCUUCGUUCCACACCAACAUCCUGGUCAACUCCACGGGCUACUGCCAGUACCUGCCACCAGGAAUAUUUAAGAGCACCUGCUACAUCGACGUCCGCUGGUUUCCCUUCGACGUGCAGCGCUGCGACCUGAAGUUUGGCUCGUGGACGUACGGCGGCUGGUCUCUGGACCUGCAGAUGAUUGAGGCUGAUAUUACUGGAUACAUCGCAAAUGGAGAGUGGGACCUUGUGGAGGUUCCUGGACGGAGGAACGAGCGCUUCUACGACUGCUGUAAGGAGCCGUACCCUGACGUGACCUUCACGGUCGUGAUGAGAAGGAGGACGCUCUACUAUGGGCUCAACCUCCUCAUCCCCUGUGUCCUCAUCUCCACCCUCGCCCUCCUUGUCUUCCUGCUGCCCGCUGACUCCGGAGAGAAGAUCUCCCUGGGCAUCACAGUGCUGCUCUCUCUGACCGUCUUCAUGCUGCUGGUAGCUGAGAUCAUGCCGGCAACAUCAGACUCUGUUCCUCUAAUAGCGCAGUACUUUGCAACCACCAUGGUAAUUGUGGGUCUGUCGGUCAUCGCUACAGUCCUGGUUCUGCAGUAUCAUCACCACGACCCCGACGGAGGACACAUGCCACAGUGGACUCGUGUGAUUUUGUUGAACUGGUGCGCCUGGUUCCUGAGGAUGCGGCGUCCCGGCGAAGCGAAGGUUCGGCCGGCGUGUCACAAUGCCGCCAAGCGUCGGCGCGGCAGCCUGUCCAGCCUGGAGCUCAGCGUUAGCCAGGGCUCGCUGCGACACAACCCUCAGGUAAAUAACGGCAACCUCCUCUACGUCGGUUUCAGAGGCAUGGAAGGACUCAGCUAUGGUUCCCCCGCUGAACCAGAGCUCCUCUGCUCACGGCUUGUUGGUGGUGACGAAGAUGUCCUGAGAGCAGGAGGUGGGGCUGGAGCUGGAGGAAGAGGUGGGGGAGCGGUUGGAGGCUCAGCCCUGGAGACGGAGCUGAACCUGAUCCUGGAGGAGGUGAGAUACAUCGCCAGGCGUUUCCGCGGCCAAGACGAGGAGGAGACGGUCUGCAGCGAGUGGAAGUUCGCCGCGGCGGUCAUCGACCGACUCUGCCUGGUGGCGUUCUCUCUGUUCACCAUCCUCUGCACCAUCGGGAUCCUCAUGUCUGCCCCCAACUUUGUGGAGGCCAUUUCCAAAGACUUCUUCAGCUAAGGAGGCCGAGAGGCCGAAUGUACCGAGUGUCUCUAUUUUUAUAUUUAUGGAAAAAUUCCACCAACCAACGUCUUAGUCUCAACGCUUUGACUUCCCUCAUUGCUUCCUGUUAGAGACGUGAAUCCUUAAAAUCACUUCACCAUCAUGUCACUGCUGUAUGUUUUUCUUUGGGUUUAACUUCAGUGGAUUCCAACUGUGACCUUUAACAGUGGGGAAAAAAAAAAACUUCAGUGUGUUAAUGGUUUUACUCCCUUCUUUUACACUGAGCACUCAUUCAGCUACUUCCAGGCCUCAGUGCGUUUUCAUGGAUCCUAUUCCAUUUUGUUCCCAGUGCUGCGGAAGCAGAAGAUCCAGGUUUAAAGACACUGGUGAGAAGAUGAGAAGAUCAGCUACUCUUACAAAUUUGGAUGGUUGUAUUUUCUCCAAACUGGAACAUCUGGACUGGAACUCGAGAUUUCAGUUUGGGUUCUUUUUUCCACACCUCACAUAUUUGGCUCAAACAACAGAGGAUCCUGAUGGAACAAAUGAACUAAGACCUUUCAAGAAGAUGUUCCCGAUCUGGUUUCGAGCAGCAUGUGCUUUGAAACCAGUGGACAGCAGAUCUUUAGUUUUAUUCAAAAGCUCAGCUACUAAUAAAGCCAGUCGAGUGGUUCCAGCCUUCUACCUGAUCCUGUACAGUGCUGUGAAAAAGUAUUUUUCCCCUUCCUGAUUUCUUUUUCACAUAUUUGUCACACUUUCAAAAAAUGUGUUUAAUUACAGUUAAUUCAUGAUUUAACAAGGGGGGCAAUGACCUUUCCACACAGGGUCACGUGGGUUUGGACAGCUUUUUUCCCCCUUAAUAAAUCAAAUCAUCAUUUAAAAACUGCAUUUUGUAUUUAGUUUGUCUGAUAUUAAAAUUUGUUUGAUCUGAAACAGUGUGACAAAUAUGCAACAGACUAAGAAAUCAGGAAGGGGCAGAUACUGCAGAUCUUCAUGGUCAGUUUCAUAGGGUUGAGGUUCCUGCAUCAGUCCUGCAGUGUUUUCCAUUUGUUGCUCCAAACAGGAGAUAAUUCCAUGAACAGGGAAUGAACUCUAACCCCAGAUGGUUCACCGGUGAGCUGGUGGAUGUUAUGAAAUUUAAAUGCAGUCUCGUGCUUGUACCGUCUGUGCUGUGCCAGUCCAUUAAGCACAUUAAAAUGAUCCUGCAGCGAUUCUCCCAAACUGCUUCUUCUCGUCUCCGCCUGUUCGUCUUU